CCGUCGGACAAGGGACCGAGAUUGAAAUACGUAGUGAAAUUACAAAAACGUAUACAAAACGCGCUUUUUAAUUCGCCUCGCCACUCAUGAAUUCGCCGGAAACUCCACGGGCACAAUAGAAUAGCAGAAAAGACAUACACACAUGCAUUGUAUGUAUGUAGCAGUAGAACAGGAAAUUUUUUCAUCAUUUAUGUCCUGUUAAAGUCGAGGGCAACGACGACGUGUACAAACUCAAGAAAAAGGAAAAGUCUUGCCAAAUUCAGAAGAAAGAAAAGUGAAAAAAGUUGAAUAAUUGCUUAAUUGAUGCUAUAGGCAAGUAGUGAGUGUGCGUUUUUGAAUAAUUGAUUGAGUAACCGUAAACAAAGGAAGUCGUAUGGCAGCAUUGGUCUAGACAAAAUCUAAUAUUCGAAAACAUAUUGUACACAAUCUGCGGUAAAAGGCGAAAAAUAUACAAAAAACGCUGCCAUUGUGUAAAAGAAGCAGAUGUGAAGUCGUUGAAUAGAAAAAAAAAAAAAACGUCAGCGACAUUAUUGAUUUGUGUAUAUGUAUACAUAUGUGUGAAAAAUAACAGUUAAUAGCGUGCAAUACACCCACACAACAAGCACACAUACAUACAUAAACAUACAUCAAAAAUAAUCAACAACAACAGCAGUUGUUACAAGGUGCACAGGAAGAAGGACAUCAGCAACAAAAACAGGUACAGAGACGACAUCAACAUCGACAUUGUCGACGCAUAAGUAACGAGGAAACAACUAAGGACAGAAAACGAUAGUAGAUCAGCUGCAGCAACACCCAGAGACAGAGUACACAAAAGCCUAGUGCCAUUGGACGGACACCCGAUUACCGCAGUAAUCAGGGCAGAUUGACUUUUUCAGCAGGAAUCCGAGACAGCGGUCAAGAUGGCUGGCGGUGGAGAUCCCAAGUGGCAAAAGGAUGCAGCCGAUCAAAACUUCGAUUACAUGUUCAAACUUCUUAUUAUUGGCAACUCAAGUGUUGGCAAGACCAGUUUUCUAUUUCGAUAUGCGGACGACAGUUUCACAUCAGCCUUUGUAUCAACGGUGGGCAUUGAUUUCAAAGUGAAGACCGUAUUCCGUCAUGACAAGCGGGUGAAGUUGCAAAUAUGGGAUACGGCCGGUCAAGAACGCUAUCGCACUAUAACCACUGCUUAUUAUCGGGGGGCUAUGGGCUUCAUUCUGAUGUACGAUGUCACAAACGAGGAUAGCUUCAACUCGGUGCAGGAUUGGGUCACCCAAAUCAAAACCUAUUCAUGGGACAAUGCGCAGGUCAUUCUCGUAGGGAACAAGUGCGACAUGGAAGACCAACGAGUUAUUAGUUUUGAGCGCGGCCGACAAUUGGCCGAUCAACUGGGUGUUGAGUUCUUCGAGACCUCGGCAAAGGAGAAUGUUAAUGUCAAGGCUGUUUUCGAGCGCUUAGUGGAUAUUAUAUGCGACAAGAUGUCUGAAAGUCUUGAUGCUGAUCCAACGUUAGUAGGUGGAACACAGAAAGGACAACGCUUGACGGAUCAGCCGCAGGGUACGCCCAACGCUAAUUGUAAUUGUUAAAUGUAUUCAAAAAAGAGUUGAGCAGCCUAUAUAUACUAUAAAUACAUUUAGCAUAAAACCCAUAAGUACAUAUAUAAAAAAUUGCAUACCCACAUAACAUAUACAUAUAUAUAAAAUAAUUUGUUUGCGUAUUGAAGUUAGACAAAAGCAUAACAUACCAAAAUAACAAACACAACAAUAAUUGCAAAUUAAUCCAAUUGUUUUAAAUAUUUUUUUCUGCAUUGUCGCUCAGUGUAAAUGUCAAGCUACUUGCAUAUAAAUGUUAUCAGUGUUUUAAUUGUAUUCCGACUAUUCUUUUCUAUCUAUGUAUGUACAAGUAUUGGAAAUGAAAAGAGAAAAGAAUUUAUGGCCAGCAUUUUAAUACAAUGCUGAGCGCCUACAUGCUCAGCUGAAUCGAAGCGCCUAACUGUGCUUUCAACAAAGGCUAAUCAAUAGUUACUUACGAACAGGGUCCUUGUAGAGUCGGGUAAAAAGUUUCGAUUCCAGCAUGCAAAGCUUGGCAAGAAACAAAUGAAUUAGUAAAAGGUAUGUGCUACCACUAUCUAAAUAUAUAAAAAAUUAAAAGCUAAAAUUGUGCAAUUUAAAUAUGUACGCUUUCGAAUGUGGUUUCCGUUGUGUAUCGAUGUGUGUACUUAUUAUGUAUGUAUGUAUGUAAUUAUUGAUAAAUCUAUGCAAAAUUCGAAGCUUCAGUUUGCACCAAAAUACACUAAUGAAAUGUGCACCUUCGUGCUUUUUCUAGUGCAGUUCAAGCUUUGAAUUUUGAUUCUCAAUGAGUGUGGGUCAGCAUUUGAAAUGUACACUAGAGAAAAAGUAAAGUAGCUGCAUAAGCAAAAACGCACAAAGCUAUCAAUUGGUGAAAUUAAACAUAAUACAAGCAUAUAUCUUUGUUCAAUUUGUGAGCGCAGUACAACAAAUUAAACAGUACACAUCACACAAUUACACCUAAACGCAUAGAGACCAACUAAUAGUACAUGCUGUAAACACUUUACAAACUAACACUCUGGAUACUCACACCACCAAUAUGCAUCCAGUAUCGACACAAUUUGGCAGAGUUAUGGUCUUCGAAUGCAGUGUAAUUGCUGAGUGCGCAAAUUGAAUUACGAAAAGAGUUGUUUAAGCAUAAUGCUCUAGUAAAAAUCAUUAUUAUUAUUAUGUAUAUUUAUGUAGUCAAAUGGGAAUUUUAAUGUGUUGCUUAAUAUAAAUACAUAUAUAUAUAUAUAUAAAUAUGAAAUAUAUCAAAAUUUGCAGAGCCUAUAUAAAUAAAAGAAUGUGUAUACAAAUUUGACAAUUGGUGAUCGGGUAUUUUCAAUUUUUAAAAAAGUAUGCAGUUUCUAUUUGCUCUGAUAAAUGAAAUUUCAUAUAAUAACUUGCAACAGCGGUUGGGAGUUAUGUACUUGGGAGUUAUGGGCGUACGCUGACUGCAAUGCUAUAAUAAUAUCAACAGAUUCGAAGUUGGCAAUUGUGGACAAUAACGGACAUCAACACACACAUUCUCGUACAAUAAUGGAAGCUAGCAUUUUAAUAAUUGUAUUAAAAGCAUCGUCUGAAUAGACAUACAUAGAUGUGGCUGCACAUCCACGAAGCAGGAAAAGACACACUUAAGGGACUAUUACUUUUUUGGCACAUAUGUAUGAACACAUUUGUAUAUUAGUUCAAAAUCGGUCAUUGCCAUAGGCUGCAAAAUAUUCUCAAAUAUUUAAUACACACGCAUCGCACAACUAUUACAAUUAUUUUAAUUUACUUUUAAUAUGAAACCCACCGUGCCACUGCACAGUUCAGCAAGUCACAAGAGAAAUUGGUGCAUUUAUUUCAUUUAAUAACCUACUAUUUUAUAUGCACAUUUUGAUAACUAUACUAUAUAUGUAUUUAUUAAUUGCCUUUUAUGAUUUUUAAGGAAAAGAAGAGUAAGCCAAAUGCUGCCACGCUUUUUCUUUUGGGUGCACUUAUUCGUGCAUUGGCCAUCGGUAAAAUAUUAAGCUUUACACUCAAAUUCAGCUCUGCCUGACUUCUCGCUUCAAAAACUGAGUAACAAGAAACUGAAAAGUACUAACAAAUUUGUACUAUAGUUAAAACAAAAUCGCUGAACGAUUGGACAAAUGCGUCAAAAUAUUAUAAAAAUGGUGUUUCAAUUGAAAUAAUAAAGAGCAUAUCGCUGUAUUAUAAAUACCCCAAAUACCCUACAGAUUGCAUGUAAUCAGUAAUAGGUAGUUUCCAACUGCACAACACAACGAGACGAAUAAAUAAUGUCUAAAAAAUAUAUAUAACAACUACUUACUAUAAAAUACCAUGUGCGAGAUCGUUAUUAUUACAGUGUACGUGUAUAUUGCUGCAACGCUGUUGCAAAAAUAAACAACACAUAAGGAUUGAGGAAUUAUUGAUUUAUUAAAAAUGCCUUAAAAACACAGAUGACACACACUAAACAAUUGGCAUAUGAACUAUUUGUAAAAAUCAUUUAAAGAAAAACAUUAUUAAUGUAUGUGUUGUUAUGCAUCUGUCGGUUAUGCUUUUAUGAGCGAAAUCCUAGCUGUAUUGUUGCAUU